AUGGGUGAUACUACUAGUAAUGAGUCUGAAUUUACUCCUCGUGCUUCAAGUCCUCUGGUUCAUCCUAGUGAUGUCCCUGGUACAUCACUGCUUGGUGUUCCUUUCUCCGGUACUGGAUUUGGAGGUUGGAAAAGGAGCAUUAUCGUGUCUAUUUCAGCUAGAAAUAAGAUAGCUUUUAUCGAUGGAAAUCUCCCUAGGCCUCCUAUUAAUUCACCCGAGUGCAAACAGUGGGAUAGGGUAAACGACAUGGUAAUUUCCUGGUUGACAAGUUCACUGUCCCCUGAAAUUGCAGAAAGUGUUCAAUAUUCGGAGACUGCUGAGAGUAUUUGGAGGCAAUUAAAUACUAGGUAUGGAACAUUUAAUGGAACUAAGAAAUUCGAAAUUAAGAGGGAGUUGGCUUUUACAUGUCAAGGGGCUCUUGAUAUUGCAUCUUUCUUUAACAAGUUGAAGAAGUUUUGGGAUGAACUAACAGUCAUGUCUUCCAAUCAUGCAAAAAAUUAUAAUUGUGCUGCUAAGCCUGGUCUGGAGCAGGAAGAAGAAGAGAAUAGAGUGCAUCAAUUUCUAAUGGGGUUGAACGAGACAUAUGUUAAUGUUAGAAGCAACAUUCUGCUCAUGAACCCACUGCCUUCACUUGACAAUGUUUAUAACAUUCUUUUACAAGAUGAAAAACAAAGACAAGUCAUUCCUACCACUCAUUUUAGUUCUGAUAUGGCUUCUUUACAUGCAAGUGCCAACAAUAAACCUCCUUCUCAACCAAAUCUUAACAAACAAUACAAUCAGAGACUUAAUUUUGAUCACUCCAAUCAAAGGAUGAAUCUUGGGCAGCAUAAGGGAUCUUUAUUCUGCAAGUAUUGCAAGAAGAAUAACCAUACCAUUGAGACAUGUCACAAGCUGCAUGGUUUUCCACAGAACUUUAAAUUCACAAAAGGCAGGAAGUAUGGUACUGCUGCCAAUAUUGAAUCUUCUGCUUCUGGAGUUCGUGAUGCCCUACUACUUCUGGAUCUAUUGACAAAUCAUAUGGGUUCUGCAAACUUUGCUGGUAACAUUUCUACUCAACCUUUGCCUGAUUGUGAUAGCUUUGCUGCUUGCAUAUUGUCUAGUGCUGUUAGGAGUGUUUGGAUAGUAGAUUCAGGAGCAACUGACCAUAUGACAUCUAUUAAAGAUUUCCUUUUUGACAUUAAACCACUUCCUGUACCCUAUUUAGUUUCUUUGCCAAAUGGUUACAAAGUGAAAGACCCUUCCAGGAACAAGUUUUUGGAACUUGGUAGAGUGCACCAUGGUCUUUACAAGCUUCUUCCACUUACUACUUCUAGCUCUUCCACUUCUAGUCAUACUAAUGUUCUCCCUAAACUGAAUUGUAUCUCUAUUUCAUAUUUAGUUGCUAAUGUACUCUCCAUGCAUUCAUCCCCUGCCUCUUCCCUAAAUGAUACUACAUCAGUUGUAAAUAGUUCACCUUUGAAUAAUAAUGUCCCUAUUGUGUCUGACAGUACUACUUCUACUCUUUCUUGCGUAAACUCUGAUGUUUCUUGUAUGAAUUCUGUGAAUGUUGUAACCAGUUCUGAUAUUCUUUGGCAUCAUAGAUUGAGUCAUAUCCCAUUUGCUAAAAUGAAGGCCAUUCCUGCUAUUUCUCCUAAUAUUUCCUCUAAGCAAUCUUUCAUUUGUCCAAUUUGUCCUCUAGCUCGACAAUCUAGAUUGCCUUUCCCAGAUAACUCUCCUUAUUCUAUACCUUCUCCUUUACCUUCUUCUCCAUCUCCUAUCAUUUCCGACCCUUCUGGUCCUUCAGCUGUUGAUGUUUCUCUUCCUCCUUCCUUCACCCCUUCUUCACCUAUUUCUGCUUCUUCACCUAUUUCCACCCCUAUUUCUCCUCCUUCCAGUUUUUCUUUUUCUCCCCAGUCUGAUUCAUCUCCAGCUCAAUCCUCUCCUUCCCUUAUUUCUUCCAGUCCUGCUGCUCCUAGGAAAUCAACCAGAACUCACAGUCUUCCUUCUCACCUUCAGGAUUAUGUAGUAUCCCUUCCUCCCUCCUUCUGCUCCUCUACUAACACCACUACUGAUGCACCAACUACUGCAGUUGAGCCUCAUUCUUACCAUCAGGCUGCUCUAAGUCCUGCUUGGCAAGAGGCCAUGAAAAAAGAGUUUGAGGCUUUGGAGGCUAAUCACGCAUGA